GGACCUGUCCCAUAAACUACGCGCCGUCCGUGGUAAGCAAAAUGGCGCGGAUAACAUGACCCUACGCUCAGAUCGGACGUAAAGCCCACCUGUUCCCCCGCGAGUGCAUUCUACUCGCCUCCGAACCAUUCCCGACAGUCGGAGGUCAGACAGAGACUCACAUGCCCUACAUCGCCUCCGGCAACUGCAAAUUCUUCCUCCAUUCUCAGAUCUCUCCCUUUCCAAAUCAUCCACCGUUCUCCACCAUUUCUCCGCUGAAUCAAUUCAAUCGUAUCAUUUUCUUUGCUUUUGUUCGAUCCUCUCAGGAUUCUAGCUUUGUUUGAUCUGUUUCGCGCAACUGGUGGUUCAUUUCAAUGUCUCGGACGCUUCUGGUUUUGAUUCUAUGUCUGAGUGCUUUGCGGUUGGGAGCUUCGUCGGGAUCGCGCUCGAUUCUUAGAGUUGUUGCUGACAAUGCCGGGGAUGCUCAGGAUUACGCCGUUGAUUUGAACGCCACCAGUUUCGAUGCGGUUCUCAAGGAUACUCCUGCUACUUUCGCGGUUGUUGAAUUCUUCGCGCACUGGUGCCCUGCUUGCAGAAACUAUAAGCCCCAUUAUGAGAAAGUUGCUAGGCUUUUCAAUGGACCUAAUGCUGUGCACCCAGGAAAAGUAUUAAUGACAAGAGUAGACUGCGCAUUGAAGAUGAAUACCAAUCUCUGUGAUAAAUUUUCGGUGGGUCACUAUCCUAUGCUCUUUUGGGGUCCUCCUUCCAAAUUUGUGUCCGGUGGUUGGAAUCCUAAGCAAGAGAAGAGUGAAAUACGCAACAUUGAUAAUGGACGAACUGCUGAAAAGUUACUAAAUUGGAUGAACAAGCAAAUGGGCAGCUCAUUCGGCUUGGAUGACCAAAAAUUUGAAAAUGAGCAUGUGUUAUCCAAUAUCUCAGAUCCUGGACAGAUUGCUCGAGCGGUCUAUGAUGUUGAGGAGGCAACAUCCACUGCCUUUGAUAUUAUCUUGGAACACAAGAUGAUCAAGUCUGAAACUCGAGCAUCCCUUAUAAAAUUUCUUCAACUUCUGGUAGUUCAUCAUCCAUCUGUGAGGUGUCGAAAAGGUAGUGCAGAGAUACUUGUAAACUUCGAUGACUUGAGCCCUUCAGAUAUGAAACAAGAGGUUGCUAGUGAAAAAGGUGCAGUGAAGAACUUUCAGAUAUGUGGAAAAGAUGUACCUCGUGGAUAUUGGAUUUUCUGCCGUGGUAGCAGGAAUGAUACUAGGGGAUUUAGUUGUGGAUUAUGGGUUCUACUGCAUUCUCUUUCUGUGAGAAUCGAGGACGGAGAAAGCCAGUUUGCAUUCACAACUAUUUGCGAUUUUGUCCACAACUUCUUUGUUUGCGAGGAAUGUCGCCAGCACUUUUACGAAUUGUGUUCGAGCGUGUCUACUCCUUUCAACAAAGCUCGUGACUUUGCCCUAUGGUUGUGGAGAGCACACAACAAAGUCAAUGAAAGAUUAUUAAAAGAGGAAGAAUCUGUAGGAACCGCAGAUCCAAAGUUUCCGAAGAUGACCUGGCCUCCAGUACAACUCUGUUCCUCCUGCUACCGCUCUCGCAGCAGCAAGCCGGUCGAAUGGGAUGAGAAUGAAGUACAUAAAUUCUUAACCAACUAUUAUGGCAAAAUGCUUGCAUCUAUGUACAAAACCAACAGCGAGAACGUUGGAGUCGACGGGGUUCCUGAAGAGUUAGCAGCUUCAACAAAUGCGGUCGCGGUGCCAGUCGGGGCUGCAUUGGCAAUCGCUCUUGCAAGCUGUGCCUUCGGAGUGCUUGCUUGUUAUUGGCGCUCACAGCAGAAGAGUCGGAAGUAUUACCACCAACGACAUUCUUUAAAGAAAUAUGAUUAUUAGGAGAGGGCCAAGGAGAGGCUCGGAGCUGAGACUUGCCGAAGGAUUCGACUAGACACAAGUCCAAUAAUGUCCACAUUUUUCCAACAAAACGAAGAGAGAUGAAGUUUCUACAGCGCACCCGGUGGCCGUACAGAUACGUGUCAUGAACUUAUUUUUGAAGACAAGUCAUCCUAAAUUUGCCA